AACACACCCUCGCGCUAUCAGUGGGGACGAGCCUUCUCUCUAUAAGCGGAGAACGUUUUUGCUUAUCCCGUUGUUCGCAAGCAGACAGCGCAGUCGGGGCCAGGCAGAGCAAACGAACGCCGCGCAGUAUAACAUACGGCAGAACGGAAAGCGCGGCAACUGAAACAACGAAAGCCGCGGUACUGAUCCGUUCACUGCGAAGACAGAACUCAAAACAUCCCACCAUGAGCGCGCCGUCAAUGCCAUCAACACCCAAGAUUGACCUACACGCCCACGUUAUCCCUGACAAGUGGCCCAAUUUGAAAGAGCGUUAUGGAUAUGGCGGCUGGAUUGAGAUCAAACACGAGAGUGACAAGACUGCCGUGCUCAGCUACGAUGACGGGCGCUUCUUUAGGCGCAUCGAGUCCAACUGCUGGAGCGUCGAAGAUCGGAUUGCCGACAUGGACAAGACAGGUGUCACAGUUCAAGCUCUGUCUUCCACACCGGUACUCUUCGGCUAUUCGGCCAAACCUGAUGACGCGCUGGACUUCAACCGACUACAGAACGAUUUCGUGGCUUCGAUGGUCAACCAACGUCCGGACCGGUUCGUCGGUCUGUGCUCCUUGCCGAUGCAGAGCCCCCAGUUGUCGUGCGAAGAGCUGAAGCGCUGCGUCACCCAACUGGGCAUGCGUGGCGUCAUUAUUGGCUCACACGUUAACGAUUGGACGCUGGCAGACCGAGCACUGGACCCCUUUUACAAGACAGUUCAAGAACUCGGUGUUGGGCUUUUUGUGCACCCUUGGGACAUGCCGCCUUCGAAACGCUACGACAAGUAUUGGAUGCAGUGGCUCGUCGGUAUGCCCGCUGAGACUACAGCAGCCAUCUGCGAAGUCAUGUUCGGUGGACUUCUCGAGAGGUUCCCUAGGCUGAAGCUUUGCUUCGCCCAUGGUGGUGGCUCGUUACCUUACACUGUGGGGAGGAUACAACAUGGUUUCGAUGUGCGACCCGACCUUUGUGCGGUCGACAACAAAAUUCCACCGAAAAGCUACCUGGGCGACAUCUACGCCGACUCGCUGGUGCAUAGUCACGGAUCUCUGAGACUUCUACUUGAUGUACUCGGAGAGGACCGAGUGAUGCUGGGAAGUGACUACCCUUACCCUCUGGGAGAAAUAGAGAGACCCGGCAGACUUAUCGAGACCAGUGGCUUGCAAGAUUCGCUGAAGGAGAAGCUGCUGUGGAAGAAUGCCGCAAGCUUUCUUGGAAUUGAAAUGACGCCUGAAGGUGUCAGUUCAAGGACGUAGGAACACGCUAAGAACAUGUUCCUGAUUAAAGUUGUAGCUAUAGAUGCAAAGCCAAAUACGGAAAAGCUUCUGGUCAAUUAACAGUGACCUACUACGGCCAGUAAUAAAAUAAAGUAGACCACGUACAUGUC